UUCCCAGCUUCCCCUGUACUUCCGCUUUCCAUCGCAGAACAAAAACAAGAUGCGAUAGUCCAACUCCACAAAGAGUUGUGAUCAGUAACAGCGAUUACCUGAGAUAAGUGACAGCUCUCUUAUUCGAAUGGUAUUUUCUGAAAUUGACGUGUUGAAAGUGAAACCAUGCAGUUUUCUCCAAACAACGGAGACUUUACAUUCGUCUCCUCGACAGAGGCGCAAGUCGUAACUGUAUUAGCUUUCAAACAAAUGAACAAAACCAUGUACUCUACAGAGCUCAGUGGCACAAUCACUGCCCCUGAUAUUAAACUGAAUUUGGGCGGUGACAGUGGUAAAGACCCAUAUGCCACUGCCUUCCUGAGGCAGCGAGGGUAUGGUUGGCUCCUGGAGGUGGAGGAAGAUGAUGGCGAGGAGAGCAAACCUCUUCUAGAUGAGCUGGACAUUGACGUAAAGGACAUCUAUUACAAGAUUCGCUGUGUCCUUAUGCCAAUGCCGUCGUUGGGUUACAACAGACAAGUGGUCAGAGAUAACCUGGACUUCUGGGGCCCUCUUGCUGUGGUGCUGCUCUUCUCCAUGAUUUCUAUCUACGGACAGUUUAGGGUUGUUUCCUGGAUCAUCACCAUCUGGAUAUUUGGAUCACUCACAAUUUUUCUCUUGGCUCGUGUUCUUGGCGGUGAGGUUUCCUACGGUCAGGUCCUUGGAGUGAUUGGAUAUUCCCUUCUUCCGCUAAUUGUUAUAGCCCCUUUGCUUCUUGUGAUUGGAGGUUUUGAGGUGGUUUCUACCUUUAUCAAACUGUUAGGAGUGUUCUGGGCUGCUUACAGCGCUGCAUCACUGCUGGUUGGAGAUGAAUUUAAAACAAAGAAACCACUCCUCAUAUAUCCCAUUUUCCUUUUGUACAUUUACUUCCUGUCACUGUAUACCGGCGUCUGAAUGGAUUCAUUUGAACUAUGGACAUUUUCAUGGACUGUGACUCUAACCCACAAGUUGAAAAAAAAAUCUGUUGGCUUUGGCUGUUCCGCGUAUAUAGUUUUGACCCUUACGUCUUCAUAAUGUUCAAUUAAAAAAAGCAUCUGCUUUUACAGCUUCAACCUUGCAACUCUCUUAAUACCAGUGCAAUACACUGUAUGGUCCCAUUUACAAGUUUCUAAAGACAGUCAUUUUUACAGCAUAUAAUGAAUGCUUUGUUCUGCUUAAACUGCAUUGUACUGCAUAUGGUGGCAAAUAUGUGAUUCUGGAUGAUCUGAGACACUAUUCAGUUAGACCCUAUUAAAUGAUUUUUUUAAAAUCCUUUUUUUUGUCUUUUAUGUAAGAUAACAUACCUAUGGUAAAGCUUUUUUUAUUUUUCACAACCUUCAAAAGUAGCUCAUAUGGCAACUGACGCUGUUUUUUUUCUGUGCAUUGUAGAUUGCCCUUGUUUGCGAAAUUACAGCAAGAAUAAAAAUUGUGACAAUUG